CACAGUGUGCGGACAUGUCUCAUCGCAAAUUCCAUGCACCACGCCAUGGGCACAUGGGGUUUCUGCCCCACAAGCGAAGCAAGACGCACAUAGGGAGGGUGCGCACGUGGCCCAAAGAUGAACCAAGCAAACCCGUCCACCUGUCGGGCUUCCUGGGAUACAAGGCUGGCAUGACCCACAUCCUCAGGGAUAUUCACCGCACUGGCCUAAAACAGGCUAAGCGAGAGGCGGUGGAGGCGGUUACCAUCAUCGAAACUCCUCCUGUCAUUGUCGUGGGGAUCGUGGGAUACAUCGAUACCAUCCGUGGUUUACGUUCCUUUAAAACCAUCUUUGCCGAGCACAUCAGUGACGAGUGCAAGCGCAGAUUCUACAGAAAUUGGUACAAGUGCAAGAAGAAGGCCUUCACCAAGUACAGCAAGAAGUGGCAGGACGAGACAGGGAAGAAACAGCUGGAUAAGGAUUUUAACGCGCUGAAGAAAUACUGUUCCGUCAUCAGGGUUAUCAUUCACUCCCAGAUGCGACUGCUGCCACUAAAGCAGAAAAAAGCCCACGUCAUUGAGGUGCAGCUAAAUGGGGGUAGCAUCUCAGACAAGGUGGACUGGGCGAAGGAGCACCUGGAGCAGGCUGUGCCCAUCUCUGCUGUCUUCCACCAGGAUGAGAUGAUUGACGUCAUCGGCGUCACCAAGGGUCACGGCUUCAAAGGUGUGACGAGCCGCUGGCACGUUAAGAAGCUCCCGAGGAAGACUCACAAGGGCCUGAGGAAGGUGGCCUGUAUUGGAGCCUGGCAUCCCGCCCGCGUGGCCUACACUAUUGCUCGUGCCGGUCAGAAGGGAUAUAACCACCGCACUGAGGUCAACAAGAAGAUCUACCGUAUGGGUCAGGCAGUCCAUGUUCAGGACGGGAAGGUGAUCCAGAAUAGUGCCUCCACCAACUUUGACGCCAGCCAGAAGAGCAUAAACCCAAUGGGAGGUUUCGUUCACUAUGGUGAAGUCAAUAAUGACUUCCUCAUGUUGAAAGGCAACGUUGUCGGGACGAAGAAACGUGUGCUCACUCUCAGAAAGUCUUUACUCGUGCACACGUCUCGCAAGUCCCAUGAGACCAUUGAGCUUAAGUUCAUCGACACUGCUUCCAAAUUCGGUCAUGGCCGUUUCCAGACUGCCAUGGAGAAGAGGUCAUUCAUGGGGCCAAUGAAGAAAGACGCCCUCAAGACACUGCAGGAGCAUCUGUCUGAGGAUGUUUGAGGGAAAAACAGCUUAAUAUUG